GGAGAGGGAGAGGUUGAGGGGAAAGGAGGAGAGAACGAACAACAGAGAUGGCGACUGACUGGAAGACAGUGGCACUUACGUGCGGCCUGAUUUGUUUGUGUUUUGUGGCAGUACCUAUUCGUUUCAACAAACCUACUAGCCAGAAUAGUCUUUCCUUAUUUCAAUCAUACCUUCACCGAUUCAACAAGACCUACAAUGCUACUGAAUUUGGAGACAGAUUUGCCAAGUUCCAGGAAACUUUAAAGUUCAUUGAUGAAUUGAACAGCAAUCGACCUUUUAACGACAGUGCACGAUACGGUCUGACUGAAUUUUCAGACAUGUCAAGAGAUGAGUUUCUUGAUCGUAAACUGCAGAAACAUCUUCAUAAGAGACUGCAUCGUCAAAGAUCACAUCACAGCAAAACCAAAGUUGAUGGUACUGCACUAAAUCACAUUAAAAAGCGAUCAGUUGAUGGUUUACCUGACCUAGUUGACUGGCGUACAAAAGGUGUUGUGGGUGCAGUUCGUAAUCAAAAGACCUGUGGAGCUUGCUGGGCAUUUAGUACAGUUGAAACUGUUGAAUCAAUGGCAGCAAUGAAAACUGGUUCGGUACAGGUCCUCAGCGUGCAAGAAAUUAUUGACUGUGCAGGAAAUGGCAAUCUUGGAUGCAAUGGUGGUGACACUUGCAGUCUGCUUGAUUGGCUAGUGUUUAAUGAGAUAGCCAUUGCACCAGAGAAACAGUACCCACUUAAUUGGAAAACAAAUGUGUGCAAAUUAAAGGGACCCCAGGAGGGUGUAAAAGUUGCUUCAAACUAUACAUGCAGCUACCUUGUAGGUCGUGAAGAUGCUAUCGUCGCAUUAAUUGCAAAUCACGGACCCAUUGUUGUUGCUGUAAAUGCCCUUACCUGGCAGCAUUACCUUGGUGGAGUUGUUCAGUUUCAUUGUGAUGGUGCUCCUGAACACAUCAACCAUGCUGUUCAAAUUGUUGGCUAUGACCGUACUGCUGCUAUUCCACACUAUAUUGUGCGCAACUCAUGGGGCACAGCAUUUGGCGACAACGGCUACUUGUACCUUGCUAUGGGAAACAAUAUGUGUGGUGUUGGGACUGAGGUCGCAUCAUUAGAUGUUAUUCUUUGAAAAUUGGGUAGAAAUGUUAAAAGUGGUGAUAAUGCUUAGUGUUUUGGUCUGUUGUCUGCCAGUAUUAUUUUUAUUUUUCAUGUGCCAUGACAGAUUAUAGAACUUCUGUAACUGCUCUAACACAGCUCACAAGAUACUGCAAUUGUAAUACUCCUCCACUGCUCACUGAAAAGAUCUCUUUGAUGAAAAUUGGUUUGAUAUUAUCAUAAGAUAUGUUUAUUCUGAGCAGGAUAUUGUUUUUGUGGUAAUUCCACUGCACUUACGUUACUAACGCUAGUUCUUCUCAGGCCUUGGGCAUCUUUUCUGCUAUGGAAUAGCCCUUUUCUCACAACUACUUCGUUUUCCUCAUUCCAAGCAAGUGAUAACUAUGUUAUCAUAUUUUUCAAAUGUCAUAUCAGUUUGCAGAGUUAUGCAAGACUUCAAAAUAGAAUAUUAUAGUUUUUUAUCUAUCAGUGUUCCAUGUCCUAUUUGUUGAGUGUGGCCUUCUUGAGAUUUUUCUUGUCUGGUAUUAAACUAACAAUCUCAUUCCAAGUACAACAAUCUUUUUCAGUUUUAUGUGACGUUUCAGUUAUUUGUUUGUCAUUUUAAAAUUUUAUAUUAGGGUAAAUGAUGUAAGGAUUUGCCUGGGAAACAGUGUAUUUUGCGUUAUGUACUUACACAUCAACUAUUGUUCAAAUAGUAGUAUUUAUAUUUUGUUGUAAAAAGUUGUGCCAUACAAUUUUUAAAUGAAAUUUGAUAUUGAUGAGCCGAACCACUUUCAUAGUUGAUUAUAUAACCUUCUCUGUGAUGCUUUCCCUCUGUGAUGUUUGUGUGCCAUUAGUUGUUCGACUUAGAAAUAGUGGACCAGAUUUGUUGAUAUGAUAAUGCUAUUUGCUGCCUUAUGGACCAAUAUUGAAAAUAAAAUGAUUGUCUAUCUCACAAUAGAA